GGUUCGCUUCGCUUUAAAGUAGACGGCAACAAAGAAAGUUCAAAAUGAGUAUUCACAAAAGUUUUGUAGAUUUAUGGGUUUUUUUGCAAAUUGCAGCGGGUCAAACAAGUUCAAAAACUAGUGCUGACUAACCACUCCGCCCACCUGGAGUACAUUUCGGUGUACGCCGAUGUACAAUUAAAAGGUGAGUGGAUCUAUUACAGGUGAGAAUAUGUACGGACCUCCAGUGGAUUUAUCCUUCAAGCACAUCAGCAGUUUGUCAGAUGCAUGGACAGAGGAACCGAGCAGAACUCUGCGACCUUUAAAGAGAAAUUCAAAGAUGAAGUACCUGAGCUGCUCCCUUCGUCUCAAUAACAACAACAUCACUGACCUUUAUGACCUCCAGAGGACUGUUAACCACUUCCUGGCUGAGCCGUCACAGCUCGCCUGGCUGGACCUUUCCUUCAACAAUAUAUCACACAUAGAUCAAGUUCUAUGCGAGCUACAUGAACUGCGUGUGUUGUAUCUCCAUGGCAAUAGCAUUUUUAUACUGUCAGAGGUGGACAAACUGGGAGUGCUACCACAUCUACACACCAUCACUCUGCAUGGAAAUUUGAUAGAAAGCAACAAGGUUUACAGGAAUCGUGUGAUUUCUGUUCUGCCUCGAUUAAAGAAGAUGGACUUCAGUGCUGUGACACCCCAGGACCGAGUCAUGGCGGAGAUUUGGCAUCAGAGCCACAAACGCAGCACAGGCAGCAAGGAGACUCUCCAGUGACCGCUGGCUCGCCGCCAUCGGGGUGUUAAAACCAGUUUCACUGGCACCUCCACUGCUGUAAAACCUCAUAUAUUGUGUAACUCUGUAUAUCUGUGGAGUAACCCGCACUGUAUUUAAUGUUUUGUCCAUUUUUAUUUUGAUGAAAUAAAGAGUUUAUUAUUGGAUAGUCCAAAGAGAAGUCAUCAACACUUUAUCACAUGAUAAUAAAAUGAUAGGGAGGAAAUUUCACUGAACAAUCCUGAGAUACUGACUGUGACAUGCUGUAGAUGCAAAUUCUCUGAUACUGUUGCAAACAUGAGUACAUUUUCUGUAAUAUUUUAAUAUUGUUAUGGAUUAUUUGUUUAUAACAAAGUGGCAUAGCAGUUAUUAAUGUUAAUGACUUUCUCUGUAGCAUAACUGAACGCAUCACAUCCCAAAUAUGAGCAUGUGGAUGUACGAUUUAUUAAGACACGUGUUAUGUUAAAAAUCUUUAAUGAAUUAAUUAAACCAAGAAAAACAAAAACUCGUAAAACUUUUUGGUACUAGCCUAAGAUAUUACAAACAUAUUUCAGGUAGUAUAACACAUUUGAGUAACAAACAAAACAGAAAAAAAAAAUG